GUGGAGGGUUUGGGGGAGGGGGAGGAGCGGGGGGAGGGGGCGCAGGGGGAGGGGGCGGUGGGGGUGGUAGCAUUGGUGGGCCGACUUCGAGUGGGGGUGGUGGCAAUGGCGGUGGUGGGGGAGGGGGAGGAGGGGGAGGCGGUUCGCAUGCCAUGCAACUGGCGAGAUGGAUCGUGCAGAGCUACAAGGUGGCAGUGGGUUCCGACCUGUCGCCAGCAGCAGGGGCAGCGCUAGCAGGGGGGGACUUGUCGCGCCUGCUGAGAGUGCUGUGGGAGCACCGCGAUGCCAUCAUAUGCAUCGCCUGGCGGGCAUCGCCAGAGCUGCUCCUAGCAAACCAAUCAGGGCUGGACAUGCUUGCCACGUCAGCAGCUGACCUGUCCAAGGUGCCGUGGGAGAAGACCAUGGCUGACGAGGACGCCCGCUGCACUGCUGUCGCUGCCAUGUCACAAGCCAUACAGCAGGAAAAGCUUAUGGACCAGAUUUUCCAGCUUAAGUUCACAUCAAAGACGCUAGUCCGUCAAGCGAAGAAGUGCGAGAAGGAGGAGAAGGAGCAGAAGCUUAAGGUCAAGAAAGCCAUCGAAAAGGGCAACAUGGAAGGCGGCAAGAUUUACGCUCAGAACGCCAUUCGGAAACGCUCCGAGCAGCUGAAUUACCUCCGCUUAUCCAACCGCUUAGACGCGGUUAUCGCGCGCCUGGACACGCAAGCUCGUAUGAACACCAUUACGACUUCCAUGGGAAGCAUCGUGAAGGUUUUAGAUUCCGCGCUCGCGAGCAGCAACCUGCAGAAGAUUUCGGAAACGAUGGACACGUUCGAACGGCAGUUCGUGAACAUGGAGGUGCAGUCGCAGUUCGUGGAAAACGCGAUGCACAGCAGCACGGCGUUGUCGACGCCGGAGGAGGACGUCAACAUGCUCAUGCAACAGGUGGCAGACGAACAUGGAUUGGAGGUGCAGAUCGGUCUACCAGGUGCUGCCACGAGUGCUUUGCCAUCCAGAGAAGCUCAGACCAAUGCUGAGGACGACUUGACAAGGCGAUUGGCGGAACUGAAGAACAGGUCAUAA